AUGUCUAGAGACUUUUCAAAAAGUGAGGAAUUGGAUGGCGUUCGAUUUAACUGGAACUUAUUGCCUUCAACCAGGCUAGAGGCUUCUCAACUUUCAACUCCCAUAGGAUGUCUUUACACCCCCCUACACCAGAGAUCUAAUCAAAACCUACAGAUCGAGGAGACAAGUAAACCUGCACUAGUAUGUGCUACUUGUGGCUGUCAUAUUAAUCCUCAUAUUAAGCUAGAUAGAGCCAAUAUGAUGUGGUGGUGCCCCUUUUGUAAUAAACGAACGUUUUUACCAAAAGAUUAUGAGGUUCCUCAACCGAAGGCAUCAGCGGACGAAUGGCCAAUGGAGCUACGUCAAAAUUCAUCUACUAUAGAGUACAAUCUUCCCGAAAGUAUAUCGGAUAAGCUAGAGGAAGAUUUCCCUUAUGUUUUCAUGUUUGUCAUCGAUUUAUAUGAGCACAUUGAAGAUACUCAAGACUCUUUUGCAAGCUUAAUUAAACAUUUAGUUGAAUCUAUCGAUAACAUACCUAGCGGUUCGCUAGUUGGAAUAAUGUCUUUUGACGAACAUGUCAGUGUUCACAGAAUCUAUGCUGGUCCUCCUGUAACAUUUAGCAAAAAUGAGAUUAUCGACCAAGAUCUAGAGGAAGACUUAACCAAUUCUGAGAAGUUCGACUACAAGACGAUAUUUAGUGAAUUAGCGCUUACUAAAAUAUCCAAUAAACUCGGUUUAGAUGUCAAAAUAAGUGGGUUAUGGAAAGAGAGCCUGGUGGUGAAGAUGAACUAUUUCGUUCAGUUAACAGACCUGAGCAAGCGGGAUAUUAUAAAUUAUCUUCAAAGUUUGAGAUCCAAGCCUACAAAUUCAUAUAAACCUUUGCGCUCAACUGGCUUAUCUCAAUACGUGGCAAGUGUUUUACUAUCGAGAUCAUCAUAUAGAUACCUUAUGGGAAAGGUGCUACUUUUCUCGAGUGGGCCCUGUACGACUCAUCCAGGUCUAGUUCUCGAUAAUAAAUCAACCAUGAGGUCGCAUAAUGAUAUUGCUGACUUGAGUGCCAAAAACUUUGCCAUGGCCCUGAAAUUUUAUGAGACCUUAUCCCACAUAGCAAAUGGUCAGUCAUUCGAUACGGCGGUAGCAAUUAGCUCAAGUACGUCAAAAAAGGCCAGUAAUUUUCCUGUGAACGAAGGAUCUCCGAAAUGGUCAAUUGAUUUAUUUGCAGGUUCUUUAGAUCAGGUUGGAGUUUAUGAAAUGAAAGCGUUGCCUCAAAAUACUAUGGGUACUAUCAGUUUAUUCGAUUCGUUUUCUUCUCUUCAAUUUCAACCAUCUUUGUUAGAUUCUUUAACUUUGGGUGGCGUGGGUGCAAAACUUAAAAUUUUGACGUCAAACAGCGCAAAGUUCUCCAAAUUCAUCUCAGGAGGUUAUCCAUUACCUCCAUCUUAUUCUUCUGCUGAAGCCUUUCAGGAAAAGAUCAGCGACAACUUAACAAAAUUUGACUCAGCUUUAUCCAAGCGUUAUUUUACAAACCAAUGGCAGUUUAAUUCAAUAAAGUCUCAGGAUACUAUCUCACUCUUUUUUGAAAUAGAUACCGAGCGUUCGUCCAGUGACUUAACCUCCAGCGGACCACUGGAAAUAUAUUUUCAAUUCAUAUUGAAAUACUGGGACUAUACUAAAAAAGUAUGGAAGUUGCGAGUGACUACAAUAUCGCGGUCGACUACUUUGGCAGUAUUAGUUGCAAAUACUGUGAAGAUGUCAGAUGGGUCGUCGAGAUUAAUUAAUUCGAAGAGUACUGUUGUUAAGGAGCAAGAAUUAUUGGCCAGUUUUGACCAAAAUGCAUGGACAGUUAUUUUAGCAAAAAUAUUAAUAAAUAGAAUUGAUACAUCUUUGGGGUUUGAAAACUUUGAUGGUCUUGUUAAGACUACUGAUCAAACAUUGCUCAAGUUGUUAUACUAUUUCGGUGGUUUAUCUGUUACAUCGGAUGCAGAGAAAUCAUCCAAUCCUUAUUUGAACCAGCGGAACAUCUACGAAUUGAAUGGAUACUGCAAAUUGCUUCCGGGACUCGUCUAUAACUUACGCAAAAACCCUCAUUUGGUGAGGAUAUUCAAUUCAAGUCCCGAUGAGACGGCUUAUAAUCACCUCAGGUAUUCAAGGUUAAAAUGCGAUUAUGCAAUCAAAGUUAUAAAGCCAGAUCUUUUUAAGCUUUCUAAAGGUAAAGCUGAAGCCAUUUCUUUGGAUUCAAAAUGUUUAGAUCUACCUUCAAAGACAUUUUUGGUCAUGGAUUGUUUCUUUCAUAUCGUCAUUCAUUAUAUUAGUGAUGAACAAAAUAAGCUCCCUCUUCAUAAUUCAAAUAACGAAGAGUUGAUUAAGAAUCAUGACGAAUGUAUCAAAGAGCCAUUGGACUUUAUAUUUGAUGUAUUAUUACAACUGAAGAGACCGUAUCCUAAGAUAAUUUUGUCUCAGACCAAUCAUUCACAGUCUAGAUAUCUAUUGGCUAGAUUGAGUCCCGCCGAUAAAACCACUUUACCUGACUUCAAAACUUUAUCCUUGGAGGAAGAGAAAAGAGGAAUUUGGAAAUUCUUCAGGAAACUGAAAUCCUCGGAAGAAAAGACCUACGACUUUUUAACAGACGACAUUAGUGUCAAGCAAUAUUAUGACAGUCUUGUAGAACUCCUUAAAGGCUAUAAAGUGGAGGAUGAAUAUGAUUAA